UGUUGAGGUUAGUUUUUUAUAUUUCAAGAAACAGAAUAUUUUACUAUAUUUAAUAAGAAGAAAUGGCUAAACAUCAUCCCGACUUAAUUUUCUGCCGUAAACAACCAGGUGUAGCUAUUGGUCGCUUAUGCGAAAAAUGUGAUGGCAAAUGCGUGAUUUGCGAUUCGUAUGUACGUCCGUGCACUUUGGUUCGAAUUUGCGACGAAUGUAACUAUGGGUCAUAUCAGGGACGAUGUGUUAUUUGUGGAGGUCCCGGAGUAUCAGAUGCGUAUUAUUGCAAGGAGUGUACAAUUCAGGAAAAAGACAGAGAUGGCUGUCCGAAGAUUGUGAACUUAGGAAGUUCUAAAACUGAUCUAUUUUAUGAAAGAAAGAAAUAUGGCUUCAGAAGACAUUAACAGUGAAAUUUGUUUUAUAAUUCCAAUAGUCUGUAAUGUAUUUGUAUAAGUUUCAUAAAAGUACAUAAUUGUGAUGUAAUUCAGAUAGUAUAUUUUUUAAACCAUAAUUAAUGAUAUCAAUAAAGAAUUUACUUUCUACACUCUCUGAAAUGUUCAAGAUGUCCAUAAAGUCGGAAAUAUAGUAGUCUCUU